AUACUGGAUAGAUAAGAUACCAUCGGAGGAUACAUAUGUCAUUUUGAACCAACUCGUCUCUCGAAUUCCACGUUUCAACAAAACACCACCAAACCCAGUAGCGCCACCAUCCUCUUAUCAGUUUAUCUUCAUCAGCACAACAUGGCGGCUACUUUCACAACCCAAUUCAACGUAGUAGGCUCGGUAUCGGGUCCACGAACAACCUUUUGUCACGCAACAGUGUUGGGUGCCACGUGUAAUGCAAUCAAAAUUCCCAAAAGGAUUGCUUUGCCGGCCAAUGCUUCUUCUUGCUCCAGCUUCUUCUCUGGUUCGUUUCGUCCGGUUCCUCUAACUUCUUCCAACAAGAAACCCGGUUAUCGUAGCUUGGUCCGUGCUAGUGCUGAGGAAGCAAGUUUACAAUCCAAAGUUACCAAUAAAGUGUUUUUUGACAUAAGCAUUGGGAAUCCUGUAGGGAAACUUGCUGGAAGAAUUGUGAUUGGAUUGUACGGUGAUGAUGUGCCACAAACGGCUGAGAACUUCCGUGCUCUAUGCACAGGAGAGAAGGGCUUUGGCUACAAAGGUUCUGCAUUUCAUCGUGUCAUCAGAGAUUUCAUGAUUCAAGGAGGAGAUUUUGACAAAGGAAAUGGAACUGGAGGUAAAAGUAUAUAUGGCCGUACAUUUAAAGAUGAGAAUUUCAAAUUGGCACAUACUGGACCAGGAGUAGUUAGCAUGGCAAAUGCAGGUCCCAACACUAAUGGAAGCCAAUUUUUCAUUUGCACUGUGAAGACACCAUGGCUAGAUCAGAGGCAUGUUGUUUUUGGGCAAGUUUUGGAAGGCAUGGACAUUGUUAAGCUGAUUGAGUCGCAAGAGACUGACAGAGGAGACCGUCCUCUAAAGAAAGUGGUCAUUAGUGACUGUGGUGAGCUUCCCAUGACUGAAGUAUGAUGAGAUCAAUUCUAGUUGUUUUACUGCAGCUUUAAAUAUUGGAGUAGCCUUUCCAGUUUAAUGGGCUUGUAUUGAAUGACUUUGGAUUGGAGCCAUUUUUGAAAGUCGAGUAUGGUCCCAUGUAUUCAGUAGAUAAGAUUAAUCAAUCGGUAGUUAAAAUUGAUACUGGUAAAUUUUUACCAGUCAAAUUGUUGAGAUGUAUGAAUGGCUACAGCGGACUUUCGAUUGAAUUAAAUUUUACUGUUUGAUGA